GACCCCCACCCUCUGAUGUUGCCCCCUCUUUUCUCAGGCCUGUGUGAAUCCCGGGAGGUGAAGGUUCCGGGGGGCCCCCUGUAUCGUGUUGAGGGGUCCUCAAUCUCUAUCCCAUGUAACGUCAGUGGGUACGAGGGUCCGGCCGUUCAGAACUUUGAGUGGUUCGUGUACCUGCCCAGCGCCCCCGAUAUCUCCAUCGCUAUCGCCAGCACCAAGGACCCCGCCUUUUCUUACGCCGUGUUCGCCCCCAGGGUGAGUAGCGGAGACGUGUCCAUCCAUCGUGUGAGUGGAGACCGGGUGGAGCUCCGCAUCAAGCGCCUGCGCAGGGAGGACGCCGGCGUCUACGAGUGUUAUACGCCAACCACCGACGCCAAGUACUUCGGGAGCUACAGCGACAAGAUUACCAUGAAAGUUAUUCCGGACACCCUGCAGGUUUCCUCUAAGACUAUGAAUAAGGGGCGCCUGUCCUCCCCGCCACCACUGCAGCUCAAUCUGGUGGAGGGCCAAGAGCUGCACCUCUCCUGUUCUGCGCAGACGGAGUCUCCCCAGCAUACCCACCUGUCCGUGUGGUUUGGAAUCGGUGCCCCCGGAGCUUCAGUUGGUCGGGAGACUCUGCAGAACAUCAUAUCUGUCCAGUGGGACUUCAGGGUGGAGCUGACUGACUACCAUGAGCGCUACCUCAACCAGGAGAUCCGCGUGGAGAAGGCCGACAACUCCACCUACAAGAUGGUGAUCGCCCGCCUGCAGGCACAGGACGCUGGCACUUACCAUUGUACCGCAGCACAGUGGAUCCAGGACCCCGACGGCGGCUGGCAGAAGAUCACCGAGAAGAGAUCCGUGCUCGCCCAGGUGUCAGUGCAGACAGUAGACUCUCAGCUGAAGGUGGCGUCCAGUCCCCGGGAGCUCCACGUCCAGUCUGGAGACAUAGUAGAGAUGUUCUGCAAUGUUUCCAUGUUGGUGCCCCCUCCCCCGGACGUGGUCUUCUCUGUGGAGUGGUGGGUGACUUCGUCCUCGGACUCUCCUGGACAGCUGGUGUCCUCCAUGACUGCAGACGGAGUGGUGCAUCUGGGGGAGCAGUACAUGGGACGAGACAUGGGAGUCAGACACAUCUCUCUGGAGAAGAUCUCCCCCUCCCCAGGAUCCUUCCGUCUCAGGAUUUACUCUGCUCAACCCAGUGAUAUCGGAUCCUACAGCUGUCAGGUCAGAGCGUUUGUGACCUACCCUGGAAGUAGACUGCAAGAGGUGUCCCGAAAGAUGUCCCCGAGCCUAGGAGUGCUCAUGAGACCGCAAGACGUUGUACUGAACGCCUUGGUUGUUCUGGACUCCACCUCCAUCUAUCAUGGUGACACGGCCAUCCUCCUCUGUAACAUCACUGUGGAUUCCCCGGUGCCAUCUCUUUUUGCUGCAGUCAGCUGGUGGGUGGAGCUGUCAGGGGAGGAGCCAGAUGAGAGUUCGUGGAGACUGUUGGCAUCAGUGACCCGUCAGGGUGUGUCUGAGUCUGGGACCCGCGUGUCUGGUGGAGAGAUGAGCGCAGACAAGGUGGGCGUGGAGUGCUAUCGUCUGCGUCUAUACAAUGUCCGCUCUGAAGACGAGGGCUCCUAUCACUGUGCGGUUACCGCUUGGGUCCAGUACCCUGACUACAGCUGGUACAACGCCGCCUCUGCCAAAUCCAACACUAUCAGACUCUUCCCGUACGCCCGAGCCCGUGACCUGCUCCUGAUCCCGAUGAUUGGCGGUUUUGCCAGCGCUCUAGUCGUCGGCAUCACUAUCUUGUCUACAGUCACCUGCUGCUACAUCCGACAUCUGCGCAGCCGGAAGAGGUGAAGGGGCGGAGCACGAUAUGUCUUUGUCUUAUAUGGAGCAUAAUGGAUGCCGCGGUGGCUGCCCUGCUGUUUAUUCUCCGUGUGUGCAGUGACUUUAUUGUUAACACUUUGAUUUAUGCGGCUCCACGGGACGGGCUGCCCCACAGUGACCGCCACGUGACAGCCCAUGGCCCUGCACUGAUGAUGGCAUCCGUGUGAAGCUCCUCGGCCUUAGGGCAUGAACUCAUUAUUGUAGGCGGAGCUUAUUCAUCAUCUGCUCCUGUUGCUGCAUGUGAUUGGUGGCAGUGAAGGAGUGAUGAGCACUUCUGCUAAUUAAUGAGAUUGGAUCGCCAGGACCCCGGGUCCCAUGUAGCCAUACAAUAAAAUGUGAAUUAUCUGGUCUA